AUGUCGGCUAAUACCCACUCGCUAUCACCAUUCGGUACAGCACGUUCCACUGUACAGGGCACUCCCCUCGACAAGGAAGAGCUGAGAAAGACGGACGCUUUCAUGAGAGCAUCUCUCUAUCUCUGUCUUGGUAUGCUGUACUUGCAGAAAAACCCUCUCUUGAAAGAACCGCUCAAGAAGGAACACCUCAAAUCUAGAUUGCUAGGUCACUGGGGUUCUGAUUCAGGUCAGAUCUUCACCUACAUCCACUUCAACAGGCUGAUCAAGAAGUACGGCUUGAAUGGUCUUUUUGUUUCGGGUCCAGGUCACGGUGCUCCUGCUGUCCUCUCCCAAUCUUACCUUGAAGGUGUCUACUCUGAGGUUUACCCCAAUAUCACCGAAGAUGAAGAAGGUAUGAGACUCUUCUUCAAGCAGUUCUCUUUCCCCGGUGGAAUCGGAUCCCACGCUACUCCCGAAACUCCCGGUUCCCUCCACGAAGGUGGUGAGCUUGGUUACUCAAUUUCACACGCUUUCGGUACCGUCUUCGACAACCCAGACCUCAUCACCCUUACAAUGGUCGGAGAUGGAGAAAGUGAGACCGGUCCUUUGGCUACCUCUUGGCAUAGUACCAAGUUCUUGAACCCGAUCACCGAUGGUGCAGUGUUACCUGUUCUCCAUCUGAAUGGUUAUAAAAUCAAUAACCCCACUGUCCUCGCUCGUAUCUCUCACGAGGAAUUGGAAGCUCUAUUCAUCGGUUACGGAUGGAAGCCUUAUUUUGUUGAAGGCUCAGACCUCGAAAGUAUGCAUCAAGCAAUGGCCGCUACUCUCGAACAAGCUGUCGGUGAGAUCAAACAAUAUCAAAAGCAAGCUCGUGAUUCCGGCAAAUCAUUCAGACCACGAUGGCCUAUGAUCGUGCUUCGAUCUCCUAAAGGUUGGACUGCUCCUCGAGACGUCAGUGGUCAUCAUCUUGAAGGCUACUGGAGAGCUCAUCAAAUCCCUCUCGCCGACGUUGCCAGCAACACCGAACACCUUGCUCUUCUUGAGUCUUGGAUGAAAUCCUACAAGCCUGACGAGCUCUUUGUCGAUGGGAAACUUAUUCCCGAACUCAAAACUCUUGUCCCUGAGGGCAACCUUCGGAUGUCUGCGAACCCCGUCGCCAACGGUGGUCUUGUUCGAAAAGCUCUUCGACUUCCCGAUUUCAAGAAAUACGCUCUCGACGUCAACCCCGGUAUCACCAACUCACCCAGCAUGGCCAACAUGGCGGUCUGGCUGCGAGACGUAGUCGCUGCUAACAUGACCAACUUUAGACUUUUCGGUCCCGAUGAAACUGAAUCCAACAAGCUCGGUGCAGUCUACGAGGCCGGUAAGAAGGUCUGGAUGGGUGAUUUCCUUCCUGAAGAUGGUGACGGGGGUAAUCUUGCUCACGAAGGUCGUGUUAUGGAAAUCCUUUCUGAACAUACGGUUGAAGGUUGGCUUGAAGGUUACGUCCUCUCCGGUCGACACGGUCUUCUCAACUCCUACGAACCUUUCAUUCACAUCAUUGACUCCAUGGUCAAUCAACACUGUAAAUGGAUCGAAAAGUGCUUGGAAGUUGAAUGGCGAGCAAAAGUUUCCUCGCUCAACAUCCUCCUUACAGCUACCGUAUGGCGUCAAGACCACAACGGAUUCACCCAUCAAGACCCCGGUUUCCUCGAUGUGGUCGCCAACAAGUCUCCUGAAGUGGUGCGAAUCUACCUUCCUCCUGAUGGAAACACCCUCCUUUCCGUCAUGAGCCACUGUCUCGACAGCAAGAACUACGUGAACGUCAUUGUCGCUGACAAACAAGAUCACCUGCAAUAUCUCAACAUGGAAGACGCCAUCGCCCACUGCACCAAAGGUCUUGGUAUUUGGGAAUGGGCUUCCACUUUCCCUGAUGAAGAUCCUGACGUGGUUAUGGCUUCUUGUGGUGAUGUCCCUACUAUGGAAUCUCUUGCUGCGGUAGCCCUCCUCAAGCAGUACCUCCCUGAGCUGAAGAUUCGAUUCGUCAAUGUCGUUGAUCUAUUCAAGCUCAUCUCCAACAUCGAUCAUCCCCACGGUCUCACCGAUAAAGAUUUCAAGGCCAUCUUCACCGAUGACAAACCUAUCAUCUUCAACUUCCACUCUUACCCAUGGCUUGUUCACCGACUCACCUACAAGCGACCUGGUCACAACAACAUCCAUGUACGAGGUUACAAGGAGAAGGGAAACAUCGACACCCCUCUCGAGCUUGCUAUCCGAAAUGAAACUGAUCGUUUCUCUCUCGCUAUCGAUGCUAUUGAUCGACUACCUGGCCUCAAGAACAAAGGUAGUCUUACCAGGGAGAAGCUUCUCAAUGAACAGAUCGCUGCUCGAACCAGUGCAUUCGAAAAUGGUAUCGACGCUGACAAGUAUCGAAGCUGGAGAUGGCCCUACGGCCCCAAGACCGCCGAGGGAGUUCUCGAUCAAGUGCAGAGCAAGUUGGGUCUCGCAGGUAAUGAUGCUCCUCCCGCUGCUGUUGUAGGUACCAGUGAAUAA